UGCAACCCGGAAAUAAGGUCCCGGCUGGCGUCACGUUUAUACAGUACUUCUCGACGACUCUUUCGAAAAUAUCACAAAAUGUCCAUUGCCGUUCCCACUCCCAUCAACCCCAAGCCCUUCCUUAACCAGCUGACAGGACAGGCUGUCAUAGUAAAGCUGAAAUGGGGCCAUGAAUAUAAGGGAAUUCUUGUCUCAGUUGAUGGCUAUAUGAACCUCCAGCUUGCCAACACAGAAGAAUACAUUGAAGGCCAGUCAACAGGAAGCCUAGGGGAGGUACUCAUCCGCUGCAAUAACGUCCUAUAUAUUCGUGGUGCGGAAGAUGAUGAUGAAGAAGAAGGCCAAAUGAAGGAAUAGUCUAAAGAUAAAGCUGUUUUAAUUUUAUGUUUCCUUUCCUCAGGAUAAGAGCAAUUUGUUGAGAAAAGCCCGCCAGAAUUUACAUUCGCAUUUUAGUUGUAUGUCUUUGAGGGUAGAAAUUUUUAUAUACAAGCACUGACACUGAUGGCCAAAAAUUUCGUCAUCUUGCUGUAUUCAAAGGAGAAUCAGUGAGAAACUAAGUGUGCCCAAGACAACUAUUACAGAAUUUUGGUUUGUGCAUUGGAGAUGAGUGUCAUUCUGGUGAAUCCCAUGUUAUUCAUAAGUGAAAACAGUUCAAUUUUAUGUUUGCAGAAGUUGCAAAAAGGUUUAUAUAACCAAUCAGUGUGAAUUUAAAUGGCAAAAUGUUGGUUGAAUUUCAAAACCAUUUUCUCACCUGAACUCUCAUGUCCUUGUUCAUUCCAAUGAGUACCUUUAUAAGAAUAAAUAACGUUUUGUA